UGGACUGGGGACUAGCUUCCAUAAUUCCACGCGCGUGCGCAAUACCGUUCUCUUCCUCGACUUCUCUUUCAAGAUGGUGAAAAAGACAGACAAAAAGAAAGGGCGCUCUGCCAUCAAUGAAGUCGUCACUCGUGAAUACACGAUAAACAUUCACAAGCGAAUCCAUGGAGUUGGUUUCAAGUACCGUGCACCUCGUGCAAUCAAAGAAAUCCGUAAAUUCGCCGAGAAAAUGAUGGGUACUCCUGACGUACGUAUCGACACUCGUCUCAACAAACACGUCUGGUCCAAGGGAAUCAAGAAUGUACCAUACCGAUUCCGUGUACGCUUGUCUCGCAAGAGRAAUGAAGAUGAGGACUCUGUUAAUAAGCUAUACACCCUAGUAACAGUUGUACCAGUAACAAAUUUCAAAGGUCUUCAAACACAGAAGGUCGAGAGUGAAGAUUAAACCCUAUGAUCUGUCAAUAAAAUAUUUCCAUCAAA